AGACGGACGGCUUGGCUCAGUGUAGAAAUUUCCUUUGGCAAGCUUGGUCGCUCGAGCGGUCGCAGGUCGUCGAUGGUGGACUGUUGUUGUCUAUCGCCGCGUCAAUAUUUGACAUUGUUUUUCGAGGCGCCGCCGUCGGUUGCAACCUCUUUAUAUCGCAUCACAUUGCGUCGCAGUUAAAAACUAAAUCAGCUGGCAACAUUUGCAACAGCAGCAGCAACAUCGAUUGCCCUUCGUGAAAUGCUAUGCUAGAUUGUGAAAUAAAAUUUGAAAGCAAAUCAAAACUGAAAUCCCAAAAAGGGCAAAAAUAAGAAAGUUUGGCUUAAACAAGAGUGAAAGAUGGAAAAAAACGAACUGAAUAAAAUUAAAUUGUGUGCAAAAUCAGUUAACAGCAGCAGCAGCAGCAACAGCAACAGCAGAAGCAGCAACAACAAAUAAAGUAAAUUAUAGUGACAAAAUAAAAAAGCCAAAAGUGACAGUGAAUAAUGUUGAGAGCUCCCACACAGCACAUCGUGCAACUCGGCUUCGGAACGAAGAAUACGACCACGACAACAACAACAACAACAACAGCAACAUCAGUUGCAGCAGCAGCAGCAGCAACACCAAACGGCAAGCAGCAACAUCAGCGCAAAACUUUGUUGCAACGCUUCAGGCAGCAGCAACACAAGUUGCCGAAAGUCACAGCAGAGGAGACACAUGAAACAGAAUAUUAUUUCAAGCAGCAACAGAAGCAGCAGCAGCAAACUUCUUCUUAUCAACAAGGCGACAAUUGCUUGUUGUUUCUGACAUCAACGUUAACCACAAACUCGGAGCAAUUGCUGAAGAAGCCGAAGAAGAAGAAGGAGUUGGGCGGCUAUAAUUUUGCGGCGGCUCUCAGGCGAAACAAGAAGCCAAAGCCAGCGGCAACAGCAGCGGCAACAGCAACAUCGACCGACGACGACGACAGUUGCCGCAGCAUCAACAGCAACAGCGGCAGCGGCAGUGGCAGCAGCACAAGCGGCAGCAGCCACAGUUUGUCUAAUAGUUGCAUUAACAAUCAUAACAACACUCAUUAUAGAAACAGUAAAAACACGCGGCACUCGGGUAGCAACAACAAUAACUACAUUCGUAAUUACAAUUGCAAAACAAGUGAACAACAAGCGUGGAAAGCAGCUACAGCAGUAGCAACAGCAACAGCAACUACAGCAGCAACAUCAACACAACAACAGCAGCAACAAGUGCUCAUUAGCAGGCCAAGUGAUCGGCAAUAUCCCAGCAGCAACAUCACUUGCAGCAACACCAGCAACAGCAACAACAGUGGUGGACAUCAUCAUCCUAUCAUCAUGUCACCCACUUCACAAGCGCCAACGAGAACCUCCCUCUUCGAUUCCUGUCAUCGGAAGAUCCGACUAAUCGGCGGCGGUCCAGUUGCCUUCUUGGGCGGAUUGGUUGCCAAGGCCCGUCGCAAAGAACGCGAUGGCGAUCAAAAUUCAACAGACACCAAAUUGUAUUUGGAGGAGAGUGUCCUAGAACGUAAAUUACCUGAAGCUGAUCUCAAAGCCUUAGUGGAUCUUCCAGCUGGUUUGGACUACAAUGAAUGGCUAGCGUCACACACCCUUGCUCUAUUUGAGCACGUGAACUUGGUCUAUGGAACUAUUAGUGAAUUUUGUACACAAUCCGGAUGCGCCGACAUGACCGGACCCGGCAACAGAACGUACUUAUGGUUCGACGAGAAGGGCAAGAAGACGCGCGUCGCAGCUCCACAGUACAUCGACUACGUGAUGACGUUCACCCAGAAGACGGUCAGCGAUGAGUCGAUAUUCCCAACCAAAUACGCCAACGAGUUCCCCGGCUCGUUCGAGUCGAUCGCGCGGAAGAUACUACGCUUGCAAUUUCAUGUGAUAGCGCAUCUGUAUGCGGCGCAUUUCCGAGAAAUCGCGCUGCUCGGCUUGCACACCCAUCUAAAUCUGACGUUCGCGCACCUCACCGCCCUCCAUCGGCGCUUCAAUCUGAUCGACGAGAAGGAGACGGACGUGCUGCGCGACCUUGAGGUGGCACUGCGGCUAACCGACACCGACACCGGUGGCUGUCCGGAUGCCACCUCCACGUCGUCCUCGUCGGUUCACGACCACUCCGCCGGCGAUCUGCCGCAGCAACAGCAACAGCAACUGCAGCAGCAGCAGCAACACCACAACAGCAGCAGCAACAGCAACAGCACCUCGUCGGCGGAGGCGUUGCACGUCAAUUCACAAAGCAACAAUGGCAGCACAUCCGCCUCGGCAUCGGCAUCGGCAUGCGUCUCCCUCAUCGAUGGCGAUGCGGUGGCGCCGCCGAUCUGCACGCAACCCGAGGCGGGAGCGGGCUGCAAGCCGGCGGGCAGCAGCGGCCUGCUGGGCGGCAUACUGGGCGACCUGACCAGCGGCGAAUUUGGUGAUACAACGCGUUACUGCACAUCGGCGGUUCCUCCUCAGGCGGCGGCAGCGGCAGCAGCAGCAGCAUCGAUCGGUGGCACAGAUGCUGCCGCAUUGAACAAUGGCGGCGCGGGCGCACUACAUUUAAACUUUAGCAACAAUAAUAACAAUAAUCAUAAUCUGAAUCACUUGAACCAUCACCACCACCAUCAUCACCACCAUGGCCACCAUGGCCAUCACCAUCAUGCGGCGCAGCAUCAGCAGCAGCAGCAGCAUCAGCACAGUGGGCUCAUUCAGUGCAAUGCAGCUGGCGGUGGAGGUGGCGUCAAUCCAUCUGGGGUAACCACCGGCGGAGCCACUGCAGCAGCCUCCUCAACCACCACGGCAUAGUGGAGCAGUAGCUACAACAGCAGCAGCAGCAACAGCAACAACAAAAAACAUUAGAAAUACUAGAUUUACGCAAAAAUGUUAUUUAAUGUUACUUCUAUGAUCCUAAAGUUGAAAAUAUUGUAAAAAUAAUAAACAAAACAAAAAAAAAAAGAAAAACAUUAAAGUGCAACAGCAGCUAAUUUGCAAAAACAACAAACAAAAACAACAACAAGCAGCAGCCAUUACACACAAGCUACAAAAUUAUUAAGAUAGCUAAUCGAAGUUGGCAUCGUAGUUCCGUAACGUUGAUUUAGAUAUGUACUUAUUGUAUAGAAAAGCAAGAGAAGAAGAAGAAGAGAAAGAGGAAGAAGGAGCUGCAAGCAUAGAGUUUAGAGUUGUCGCGUGCUUAUGCUUUACACGUAUUUUAACCUUACUCUUCUACAACAAUUAAAAUGUCCUGACUGAAGCCUGAGUGCAAAUACAAAGUCAACGCCUUGAAGGCAACAAUAAUAAAAGAGUUUUGAACUACUCCCAAAUGUUGAGAAAAAGUCACUUUUAGAAAAGAUUAUACAGCAAAUUAUACACCUUUUUUUCUCUGAGUGCUUUCCAAUUUUAUUUUGUUGAAAUAAUCUUUAUUGCCGAACUUAUUAAUUGGAGUCUACGUUUAUAAUUUAUUCCUGCAAAAAGGAUCACAUUUACCCAACUAUAAUUAUUGUAGAUGUUCAAAAAAAAAACAUUUGAAUUUUUUUUAUCUUGUAGAAACGAUACAUAUUCCUAUUUUUUUGAAAGUGCAAAUGAAAUGGUCUAAUGUUUUAGUUUCGGCACUAACCUAAGCAAGAUCACAUUUUAAAAUAGAGCGUACACUGGUUCAAUUGUUCAAAGACAUAGGCACACAAAUUCCACUAGGCGAUGAACCGCAGUUUUAAAAUAGGAACUCACCCGUAUUUACAGGCAGUGUACUUGGCACCGAGCGCCUGGAAGUAUGCACCGAAAAGUCACCCACACGAACUGCGAUCAGGUGUCUUAACGGUAUGCACCGAAUAUUUCACAACUUACGUACCACACCUCACCCACACACACUCAAGAUCGCACCGAAAUAUCUCCGAAAAGUAUGCAGCGGAUAAAACACACACACAAUCCACUCAGUUGGGAUCCACACGUUGUUAAAGUAUGGCAAUUUUAAACCAAGUUUGUAUUGAUUGGAAACAUUAAAUAAUAAAGAUAUAGGGAAAUAUGCGAUUUAUGCUUCGGAGGACUUCUAACCAAAUGAAAUGGAAAAAAGGGACUUGUAUGUUGUGCUGUGUUUGUGUUGUGUUUGUAAUAACCCAUAGCGAAAACAAAUGGCAAUGAAGGAAACUUACUUUAGAAACAGAAAGCGUUUGAUGUAGAAUAUUAGAGGCAAAUUUUGUGUAUUACAAAUGGUUCACCUGUCCCGAUGUAGAUAAUGCAACUUGAUCCACACCAGUUUCACUGAACUACUGUCCAGGCCUAAGCUACAAAACACUAUACUCUUAACGAACACACAAACACACACUUUCGAUCUGUUGAACUUUCAAUGCGAUGCAAUGAACUCAAACAAAAACAAAAACAAAAACAAAAUGAAGACACACGGUAAAAGAUACAUGUAUUUAUAUGUAGGUAUGUGAGUUAUUAAUAGAAUACAGGUGGAAAGGAAAUUGAAUGCUAAGACAAACCUUUUAAGUCGGCAAAAACAAUUAAAUGCAAAAAUGGCGAAAGCAGAGAGAUGAGAAUAAAAUAAACUGUUAUGUUCAAUUGA